CUAGACAGCUUUUCAGGCCUGCGCCCAGCGAUCUGACGUCAUUUCCGCCCGGCCGACACUCGGGGAAGCCGCAGCGGCAGCGAGCGCAGCGUGGGUCGGUUCAGUCACGUUUGUCGUUUGCCGCUGUUGUUUUGCGGCAAUUUCAUUUCCGUGCGUGAUGUUCUAGUGAUACGACAAUGCCUAAUAAGUGUUCUGUGCCGGGAUGUACCGGAAACUACAGGACGGGAAAGAAGAUACAAGUGUUUUCCUUCCCUAAAGACGGCGACGCUCUCAACAAGUGGCUACGCGCCAUUCCUAGGAAGGAUUUCGUGCCCACGUCUUGCACUAAGGUGUGCGUGGAUCAUUUCGACGCUUCAUGCAUCGAGCGGACGACAUCGUACACGGAUCCAAGGACAGGAAGAGUUAUCGAAGUCGCACUGCCAGUACCGCGGUUACGUCCUGGAUCUGUGCCAACGAUAUUUCCCGGCUGCCCGUCCUACCUUUCAGUAUCAGACCACAACACGAGAGAAACACCUGAUGCCAAGAGGAGCCGAAAAGAAGCUUCCCAACUCGCCCACGCUGUUGAAGAAUCACUGGCGUCAUACGAAGCGGAACAGGAAAGAGACCGUUUUUCGUCCCUCGAAGAACUAAAGGCUCGCCUGCAAGUAGUCUCAGUGUCGCCAAAGUGGACUGUGAUUCAUAAAGAAGAGUGCUAGAUGUUUUUGAACAUCAUCGACUUUCGUGAACCUUGGUUGAAUGCGUCAUUGACAGUGUUUGAAAACCUCGAAGUCAUUGCCUGCUAUCAAGGAUCACAAAUCAAGAACCUUGGUAGCACUGUUGUACCUGACUCAGUUCAAAAAGUAAGUUCCUUGUUGGAAAUUUUGAACAACCUUUGCAUGCUGUCUGAGGAGCGCUGCAGUUGUCGCCACCUGUCGCUUGCAAUACAAUCCCUUCUCGACAAAUUGGAAGGUAGCAUUACUGAAGACAAGAAAGAGGCGGUAAAGUUCAUGAAGGAGCAGCUGCUAUACUGCUUUCUGCAAAGCGUAUUCACUACAGCGCACAGGUAAUGGUGUUUGCAUGCAUCUUGCAUACAAUAUCACCACAUGCGUACAAGUUUCUGAGAAGAACGAGUGUACUAACCUUGCCGCAUCCAAGCACUAUUAGAAAUGUCUAUUCAAAUGUGCCCACAAAUCGAUUCAUCUGAUGCCACUUUCCUUCAGUAUGUUUCCCAGAGAUUCAAACAUCUGCAGCCACAUGAACACACUGUGACGCUGAUGCUUGACGAGAUUCAUAUC